AUGAGUUCGACCACGAAAAGCUAUUGGGCCCAAUGGGACAGCUUGCUGAUUCAGGAUGGAGUCCUGUGCCGUAAAUGGGAAAAUGGUCGGGGAGACAGGUGUCAUUUGCAAAUGGUUGUCCCUAAGGCUAAAGUGCCGGAUGUUCUACAGCUGUACCAUAGUGGUUGUUCAGGAGGCCACCUGGGAGUUAAACGAACUCUCCUGAAGAUCCGAGAACGGUUUUACUGGGUCCACUGUCGUGACGAUAUCGAGGACUGGUGCCGCAAAUGUACAAGUUGUGCGGCUGUAAAGGGAUCUCAAAUUCGUAGUAGAGGCGCAUUGAAAUUGUACAAUGUUGGUGCACCAUGGGAGAGGAUAGCCAUUGAGGUUGCGGGGCCAUUUCCAGAAACUGAAAGUGGUAACCAGUAUUUCAUGGUUGUGAUGGAUUACUUCACUAAGUGGCCAGAAGUUUUCGCUAUUCCAAAUCAAGAAGCUUCAACAGUUGCAGAUAAACUAGUCCAUGAAGUCUUCUGUCGUUUUGGAGUACCUUUAGAGAUUCACAGCGAUCAAGGAAGGAAUUUUGAGUCUCAAAUAUUCCAGGAAACUUGCCGAGUUGUGGGUACUCAAAACACGAACAACUUCUUACCACCCACAAUCUGA